UUGUGCCCUAAUUCCACUUUCUAGGGCUUCUGGGCAGGGAGGAAAUGUAUCAUCCAUCGCGCGGAGGCGUCCGGGGAGGCCGCGAUCAGUUUAAUUGGGACGAUGUCAAGGUCGAUAAGCAUCGAGAGAAUUACCUGGGCCACAGCGUCAAAGCUCCAGUGGGACGCUGGCAAAGAGGCAAAGAUUUGACAUGGUACGCAAAGGGAGGAGGAUCGGCCGACGCUGCCGCGAAGGCAGAGAUCGAGAGAAUCAAAGCCGAGGAAGAUCAAGCAAUGCGCGAGGCCUUGGGCUUGGCUCCUACUCGAGACAAACGCAACCAAGUCAAUCGUCUCGACAAACACGAGCUGGAGGAGCUUUUGAAGCCUGGAAAAACUGCCGAGGAGCUCUCCGAGACUUACACUGCCGCGGAACGAAUCCAAGGACUUGGGUUUGGACCUACAGCAGCAAGUAAGAAACAACGAGGCUACGAACGGGGAGAACAAUUGGCGGGGAUACAACCGGAGAAGCUCGCAACCAGUGAACCAGCUGCAACCUCUACAGAUGGUGGCAAGAGGAGCAGCAAAGAAGAAACCAAGGAGCGGAGGAGGCAGGAGAAGAACGCUCGCAAAGAGGAGAGAAAAGCGGCUAAACUCGCACGCAAGGAAGAAAGGCGGCAACAAAAGGAGCUCAAGCGAAGAUCAUCGGGGAAAGACGAGGAUCGAGACGAGGACGAGCAGCAGCACUCAAAGAGGCAGCGACACGAUUCAGACUCGGAUUAAAAGCGUGAGAAAACGGAGAUAGAGAGAGAGAGGUACUUACUUGCUUCUUUGCGUUUAUCAGCAAAACUUUGCGUUGCGUGAUUUACUCA